AUGAAGGCCCGGCUUAGUGCAGCGGUGGUGCUGGACGUGGACGGCGUGCUGCACAAGGGCUACGUGCCGAUCCCCGGAGCACGCGAGGCGCUCGAGCGGGAGGCGGCCCGGGUGCCGUUCAUCUUCGUUACCAAUUCAGGGGGCGAGUCGGAGGAGGCCAAGGCCGCACGCUACCGCCAGGCCCUUGGCUGGGACGCCAUCUCGCCCGCACGCCUGGUCCAGUCCCACACCCCGCUGCGCGGCCUGCUCCCGCGCUUCGCCGACCGGCUGGUCCUGGUCGUCGCCUCGUCCGCCUCGGCGGCAGCCUCCGUCAUGACCAGCUAUGGGUUCAAGUGCUACACGACUAUACAGGAGUUUGCCCGCCGACACCCGUACCUCUAUCCAUCCAAGACCUACGACGCUCCUGGAGGAGCGGAGGAGGAAGGCCUGAGCCCAGCAGGGAAGAAGGAGGAGGAGGAGAGCUUUGACGCCAUCUUCAUCCUCGACGGGAGAAUCGAAGGUGCGGCCGGCAUGCUCGAGGCAAUCUCUUCUGAAGAGGCCCGCUCUGAUCUGAGCGAACAUGGACAGGACGAAGAGGGACAUCUGCCCGUGUACUUGGCCAACCCCGACCUGAUGUACGCGGACCAAUUCCACAUGCCUCGAUUCACCAACGGCGCAUUCCACGUGUGCCUCGCUGCGCUCUACAAGAGUGUGAGUGGGAAGGAGCUGCAGAGCGUGUUGUUUGGAAAGCCGCAUCGCACGACCUACGAGUACGCCAUCCAGCUGAUCACCGAGCUGGCCACGCAGCAGGGCCACACUACGCCGCCUCAGCGAUUCUAUGCCGUGGGGGACAACCCCCUCUCCGACAUCAAGGGAGCGAACGGGAUGGGCUGGACUUCGAUUCUGGGUCCCGGCGACAAUGACCCGCGUCAUCCCGCCACCCACGUCUGCCCCUCCAUCACCGGUACGAGUCUGCUGCGAGAGAGCGGCCACGACUGA